AUUUUACUCUGACCCAAUCCUACCAUAUUGUGGACACAGCGAGGAAAUUCUGAUUCGACGAAAUACUUUUCAAUUUUUGUAUUUACGUUUUAAAAUCCCUUUAUGGUUUGUGUGUAAUGCAUCGUAUUCAAGGAAGGAGGUCUAAAGAAAGUGCAACAUUUGAGCAUGAAGCCAAUUGGAAACAAUCAAAUGUCACUCAAGAAGCCCUGUCACCAAAACCAAGUUCAGAACUAAUUGAAGAGACAGACAAUGCCAAAUCACUGGAAAGUGUAGACUGCACUCAGAAAAAUAAGGAAAGUGAAUGCAACUAUGUAAAUAAUUUAUCAACUAUUUUGCAACAAAUGUGUGAACAGUCAGGGAAAAAAAAAACUCCCAUGUGUCUAGUCAAUGAGCUGGCUCGUCACCACAAGAUACAUCCCCAAUACCGUCUGACAGAAGAAUCAGGACCUCCACACCAAAAAAUUUUUGUUGUAAAUCUCAAAUUGGGUGAUGAACAGUAUACUGCAUCUGGGCAAAGUAUUAAAAAAGCCCAACAUGCUGCUGCAGAAUUGGCCCUUCAAAAAACCAACUUCAUCCUUCCUGAACCUAAAAGCAAAGUGAAACACAUUGUAAGCUCUAAGAGUGACAAACCUGUUACCCCAACAGUGGAACUAAAUGCCCUUGCAAUGAAACUGAAUUUUCCACCUGUAUAUACAAAUUUGGCACCACUUUCAAUUAAACCGAUGAUGCCUGAAGAACUACCACCCCUCUGUAAAGGGGAUCAUCUCCUAAGUCAAGUCGAUCAAAAGGGGAAGUUUCUGAACACGAACUUUCAACGUCCUUUCAUGUACACGCCUCAAAGAUUUGAUUAUCCUGGAAUUGUAUCGAAGAAGUAUUACUUUAACCGUCAUCAACCAACACCACUGAGACAUCGAGUUACUUUGGCAGUUGGUCAAGUUUUCGUGACGGGCGAAGGACCGUCACCCCAAGCAGCACGACAUCACGCUGCUCAACAGGCAUUGGAGCAGUUGCGAAACCAAAUACCGGUUAAUAAAGCACAACUGGAUGAUAGUCCACUGAUCAGUGAAGCAGAUACGGACACGGAUUUAAAAUCUCCUGUCUCCCUAGCUCAUGAAUUGGCUCUGAAAUUGAAUCAAACGGUGGAAUUUGCAUUGUUGAAUGAGAGUGGGCCGCCCCACAUGAGAAAUUUCGUUGUGCAGUGCAAACUUGGAGAAGUUACAACACAGGGAGAAGGUAACUGUAAAAAGAUGGCGAAGAGAAAAGCGGCAGAAUUAAUGUUAGAUGAAUUAAAAAAAGUACAUGGAAAUGGUAUCUUGCGCCCUUGUGAGGGAAACAACAUUAGCCAACCGCGCAUCCGCGUUAAAAGCAAAUCAGGCCUCGCAAGGAAAAAACCUCGAAAUUUGGUCAAGGAUGUCACAUCUGCAUCGAACGGAAGUCUUGGUACAAUACCCCAAGACCCAAUUUCGCAACUGGUACAGUUACAACAGGCGCGGAGGGAAAAGGAGCCAGUGUUUAUUGUUUUAUCAGAACGCGGUAUUCCACGUCAGUCCCCCGAGUUUGUAGUGGAAGUUACCGUUGGUUCAAUCACUGCAACAGGUGUUGGAACCAAAAAGAAAGAAGCGAAACGUGCUGCAGCUCUUAAGGCUUUGGAUGCUCUCAGCGAUACUAGAAAGUUAUCGCCGAUUGAAGGUGAAACAACUGUCGAACCACUUUCUUCCGUAUCAAACGCAUCAGUGUCUACUGUCAAUUGCGCUGGUCGUCAAAUGGUUCCUGGCCUUCUCUUAAUAGGAACUACUCCUGGCAAAAAAAUAGAUCUUUGCCGCAAUACUAAUGCAUCGACUGUUGCUGGAAUCCAAGAAUCUUCGCAGCCGGUCAUUCCGCCUAAAAAUUCUGGGGGAUUGCGUCCGGAGAUUCGUCUGCGCUACUUAGCCCAAGUUCUUGAAUACGAGGUUGAAUUUUCGGAUUUCCCGAAGGGUAAAAAAGGAGAUUUUGUUAGUCUCGUGACGUUAAACACGAACCCGCCCCAAGUGUCCCACGGGCUUGGUGCCACUUUGGAAGAAGCUCAUGAUAACGCUGCUUCCAAUAUGUUGAAAUUAAUUGCCGAAGGGGCUCUUGAUGAUAUGGCUGGCCCAAACAAAGCAAACGCAGAUCAACGAAGUUCGGAAAACCAAUAAUUCAAAAUUGCCCGGAAUCCUCACAACAUGCAAAUUUGUAUAUUUUCUCCGAGCGAUAGUAAAGCUGCGGUCUAAGUAUAAAUUUUUUUUUUUUCCCUCCUCUUUUUUCUAUUCCUUAUAGCCUUUUGCUACGAGGAAAGUGAAAAUCUCUUUUUGUUGUAUAUCCGUUUUGGCUUCUUCAUUGUAGUGAUUUUUUUUUCCUUACUCGCCGGCUUACAGUGUCCUUUUACAUGACUUUCUGUGAAAACAAAAAUAUUGAUAUUGAUUAUCAAAGAAAUCAAUCAAGAAUCAAGUCAGUUAGCAUUAUGCCACUUCACUUCUGUAAUGAAAAAUGUAAUACAUCGUCGAAAUCGGAUGUAAA